UGCCUCCAGGUGUAAGUCGUGCAGUCGCGUAGUGGCGAGCUCUCAAACGUUAGUUCCUUCCGAUUCCUAAGUGCGUUUAGUGUACCGAAGUGUUUGUAAUAUAUCAAAUAUGGAUUUAUUAUGUUGCGAAACCGAGUGCGAAUGUAGAUCCUACGCUGACCCGGCUUUGCUGAACGACGCACGCGUGCUGAGGAACCUGCUGACGGACGAGGACAAGUAUGCGAGCGGCAUCAACUACUUCGAGUGUGUCCAGAGAGAACUGAAUCCGGACAUGAGGAGGAUUGUCGCUGAUUGGAUGUGGGAGGUGUGCGAAGAGCAGAAGUGUCAGGAGGAUGUGUUCCCACUCAGUAUCAACUACCUGGACAGGUUCCUCAGCAUCUGCCCUAUCAAGAAGUCUCAGCUUCAACUGCUGGGCAGCGCUUGUCUGCUCGUGGCGUCCAAACUGAGAGAACCUCGGCCAGUCAGUGCUGAGACGAUAGUCUACUACACAGACAACUCUAUCACUCUCCAAGAUCUGUGGAGGUGGGAGGUCCUGGUCUUAGCCAAGCUCAAGUGGGAGAUAUCCGCAGUGACGGCGUAUGACUUUGUCAGUCACAUUCUCGCCAGAGUUCCUCUAGAUCUUCAGUCCUGCGAGUGUCACAUGGUCCGACGACACGCCCAAACCUUCAUCGCCCUGUGUGCCAGAGACUACAAGUUCUGCAGAUACACAGCCAGUAUGAUAUCCGCAGCCAGUGUCGCCGCUGCUCUGCAUGGCCUCGACUGGACCUCCAAGAACAAUGUUCCUUUGCCUGAACUACUGCUUAGGCUGCAGAGGAUACUGCACAUUGAGAUGGACUAUCUCCAAAGCUGUUUGUCCCAGAUUGAAGAGAUGGUCACUUCGGCCAUCUCCAACACCAAGUUAUCCUCAGAGCCAAGUGUAGAACGGCCUCCAGUGGUGGACCAAUCAGAGAAGCUCCUGGAGCAGCCGCAGCCUCAGCACGCCGCGCAACACGCCAAAGCUGAGACACCCACGGACGUCCGUGAUAUUCACUUCUGACGCCACUAGCACUGCGCCACUAGGGCAUUUGUAUUGUGAUAAAUAUUAAAGACUAGGAGUUUCGAAGGUAAGACUGGUCGAAUUAAGACGUUCCUGUGGUUGUGCGAUUGAGCGGCAUCGGAGAAAACGAGCUAGGAAACACUCCGGCUCUACGGGGAAGGCAAUCAAUUACGCUUUGUUACUGUUACAGUUAGAGGUAGAACACUCGGAGCUCUUAAUACCGUAAGUUUUAUUUUAGUUUGACGUAUAUUUAGAUGUUUAUUGGUUAGUGUAAAGUUUAGUCAAAUCGAGUCAUGUAUAUAGCGUAAGUCGGUUAUACAUCCUACGAGUAACAAUUAGGUUCCUAGAAUUCGUAAGGGAAUUUCCCUCAGCAAUGCCUGUAAUGCAUCCUGUAUACAAUUAGUGGGCUUAUUUUGUACAGUAGUCGUUAUUUACGUUCACAGUAUCUUUUCGGACCGUUUUGCUCAAUCCGUUUUUGUACUUAACCGGUUCCAGUAAUUCUGCGGUGCUCAGCAACUAUGUACCUCCUCAGUUAGAAUACCGUAGUGCAAUAGUCGAGUCAAGUGCCAUUGAACCUUUAACCGUUUAGUCAUAACUUUUGUACAUACGACAAAUAUUACUUAACACCUCCUGUAUAUAGUUUGUAGAUAUCGCUGUGCUUCUUAUAUUUUAUAUAGAGCUUAUAGUGUUUUAUAUAUAUAUUAUAUUAUUAUACAUAUCGUUUUAUUAGAUUGUUAAUCGAUUCGCAUUAUAUGUUGUAUUUUAAAGAAAUAUUUUUGAGAGUUCGCAGAUUUUAUUAAAAUUGUAAUCUUUAUGGAAAUAUAUACUUAUAAGAAAAAAUGUGCACCAUACAGUUAAGUUUAGUUUUACCAUACCAAGUAUGUACCAGUCAAUGAUUCAAUCAAAUAUAGUCACCAUAUCCGAUUUUUAUCAAUAAAAUUAUCAAUAAGUUCUGUUGUAGUUUUAGUAGUUGAUCAGAUAUAUAUAUAUAGAUAUACCUCAGGUUCCAUACAACAUGCUACUGCUGUACCUUCUGUUUCAAAUAAAUAUACAUUUC